AAAAUGUUAAAAUUCAUUUUGUUUAUCAUACCAUGUAUUUUGGUGUUUCUGUAUCCAGUAUCACCUGUGCAGCUCCCAGAUGACUUGAAAUUCCUAAAAAAGGGCAAUAGCACGUCCGUUGAUGACGACACAAGCCAUUGUAUGGAGGAGCUCAGAAAAUGUCUCAAUCCACACACGAUUUCACCAAUUUGCGGGGUAAACGCUAUGACUGAUCGUAAACAAUCAUUCGAAAGCAUGUGCGAACUGAUUCAUGAAAACUGCCGCAGUAAAAAAGACCAAUGGCAUUAUUUAAGUGAUAAAAUAGAAAACUGCACCGGAACAUUUGGAGAUUCUUCUAAAAAGUCUGAAAAUUCCUCAAUGCUGUUAAAAUAA